CUAUGGCCGGCCGCGGUUGGGAGCGGAGGGUGCUGCCCGUGUGCGUGGGGGCGGCGCUGGUGGGCGCGCUCGCCCUGGAGGUGGUCACGGUGCUGCUGCUUCGGCAACGCGGAGGCGGCGGGGAGCGCGGGAGCGAGGCCCCUAGGACGGAAGCAUUCCCAUUUGUGUCGCUGGCAUCGCUGCUUUUCCUGCUGGGGAACGUGCUCGAGAACGCGCGCCGUUUCGUCACCGCCUCGCCCAGCACGCGCGGCGUUAUGCUGGCGGGGGCGGGGCAAGGAUGGGAGUGAGUUAGGGGGGGCUUCGGCGGACGGCAGCCAAUCAGAGAAGGGCGUGGGAGUGUGGAGGCGGGGCUUGAGGAAGUGGCGGGAAAAGGACUGGGAAGGCGUUUUUUGUUAGGUUAGGGCAGGCUUCCUCAACCUUGGCCUUCCAGAUGUUUUGAGACUACAGUUCCCAGCAUCCCUGACUACUGGUCCUGCUAGCUAGGGAUCAUGGGAGUUGUAGGCCAAAAACAUCUGGAUGGUCGAGUUUGAGGAAGCCUGGACUAGGGAAAGCGUCUUGGCCUGACAUGCUCAGAGGCACUCUUCUCAUUGGAUUUUAUUUUUUCAAAGCUCUUUUUUGUCAAGAGGAGGAAAAGCCCUGAGGAGAGCAACAGCACCCGUGAGGCCUAGCUAAAAGCUUGGGGUACCUUAAAGGGAAAGGAAUUGAGGAGAAAUCACAGCUGUCAGGCAGGAGGUCCCAUCUCUGGGGCCAUUACUUAAAAAGGGAACCAGGUAGCAGAUAAUGGGAAAGGCCCCUGAGAAUUUCAGGGUAGACAACUCUGUGUUAGAUGCUCUGCCAGAGUAAACAGUACUGAACCAGAUGUCUUACCUGGCAGGCUUGCAGCACAGGUUUUUUGUUUUUGUUUUUUUGUAAGCAAGACCCUGCUUCAUUAAGAUGUUGGAGGCAAGUGUUAGAGAGAGAGAAAUACCAAGGGGAAUUUAGAGAAAUGGAUUUAAUAUGUAAGAUUAAAAAAUGAAUGAGUAUGCUGUACAAACGAAAGAGGAAUACAGUGGUGCCCCGCAAGACGAAUGCCUCGCAAGACGGAAAACCCGCUAGACGAAAGGGUUUUCCAUUUUUGAGUUGCUUCGCAGGACGAAUUUCCCUAUGGGCUUGCUUCGCAAGACGAAAAUGUCUUGCGAGUCUUGAGAUUUUUUUUCCGCUCCCCCCCCCUUUAUCUAAUCCGCUAAGCCUUUAAUAGCCUUUAAUAGCCUUUUAGCAGCUAAUCCACUAAGCCUUUAAGCCUUUAAUAGCCGCUAAACCGCUAAUAGCGCUAAUCCGUUAAGCCGCUAAUAGGGUUGCUUCGCAAGACGAAAAAACCGCUAGACGAAGACUCUCGCGGAACGGAUUAAUUUCGUCUUGCGAGGCACCACUGUAUUGUAAAUGAAUUAUCAGUGGCCACAAGGAAAUGGGUAUUCACUGCAGCAGCACUUACAUUGUGCAGUUCAUUGCAUUUGUAUGCUAGGGAGGUUUCUGUGCCUGAUUUUAGAUGCCAGGUUAAAGCAUAUUAUUUACAAGAGCUUAACCUGUCAUGUGACCUAUUUUUAUGUUCUUCUGAUAUUUGCCUCUUUGUUUAUCUUUGAAUUUCGUCUCUUAGGUUGAUUUUAUUAAGUAUGCUGCCUUGAGAAGGUUUUGUUCUUAACAGGUCAAUGCAGAAAUUAACAUAUAAACAAAUAAAAGCAUAUCAGGUAGAAAUAAAUGGGAGUACUGUAAUCCCCAUUGAAUUUAGUAGAACUUAAUUUAUGGUUAGGGGGAAAGGCAUACUGUCUUUAAAAAAAAAAUAGUUACCUCCUUCAGUGUAUUUAUUUGUUUUAUCAGUUUUAUGCUCCACCUUUCAAUCAGUUGCUCAGGGUGACUUAUAACUGGUUGAAAGAAUACUCCCUCACAUAUCUGUGCCCACAACCUAGCAGCCUUUAAUCCUCUGGCUGCUCAACAGUCCCAGGGAAGCCUGCAUUUGAAGCAGAGUGUUCUUUCCUCCAAUGGAGGAGAGAAGCACCGUCCCCACAGUUGCUCCCUCUGUGGCCAGUGGUUGGAGCUGGGUUCAUCUCCCACUUGCUGUGUGAUCUUUUCCCCGAGGGACUGAACUGCCAAAAGGCACUUAACCAGAGUUUCUAAGAUUAAAAAAGCAACAUUGGAAGCCGCCUUAUGCCAAGUCAAACCACUAGAUUAACCCAGUUUUAAGCAAACUGUUGGGCAAUGGUUCAUCUGGGAUUUAAGCAAGGUUCCCCCCCUCCCUCCAGAUGCCAGAGAUUGAACAUGGGUCCAUUUGCAUGCAAAUCAUGUCCUCUGCCGCUGGGCUGAGUGAGUGGAGUAAGAUGAGCCCAGUAGAAACCUCACCGUCGCUCCUCACUCUCUCUCUUUCAGUUACUGCUACUCCUGCCAAUCUCACGUGCCUCCCCGCUGCAGCCACUGUUUCUCCUGCAACGUUUGCAUCCUGCGGCGUGACCACCAUUGCACUUUGCUUGGCCAGUGCUUGGGAUACCAGAACUACCGCUACUUCCUUUGCCUGCUGCUACAUGGCUCUGUCGCCUUGCUGUACGGCUGCGUGAUCAAUGCUGAUGUGGUCCUAUCACUGCUCCCGGAGGGCACCUCUGUCCAGGCGAUGCUGCUGCUACUACUUCCCUGGCUUAUGUUACUGAUGGGUAAGAUUCAUUGGCGCAGUACAGACUCCAUCACAGCCCUACAGUUGCAUGCUGGAAACCGACGAAAUAGGCCUCUGCACCACUCUUAAUAGUACCAGCCCUGCUUUUGAGAGUACAGGCGACUCCCCUCUUAUGCUGGGGUGACGUUCCAGCGCCCCGCACGCAUACAGGAGAAUCGUGUAAGUGGGGAGUGCCCCCUAAACACCCUUGAAAUGCCCUUGGUGCCUCUCUCUCUCCAAUCCAGAUCAAAAAUACUGUACCAAAAAUAUCGACAACUGGAAUUGAAGUUCUGGGGCUUGCAGAAGGCUGGAGGAUGCGUGGAAAGGUUGCUGCUGUGCUACCGCAUGCACCAGCUGUUAGGCAGAGAGGCUGAGCAGCCUAAACUGUGCCUCUGGUCUCUUUGGGGCUUCCGCUGCCUUUACCUGUCCUCUUCAAGCUCUGGGGAGGGUCUUCUCACGAGCCAUGAGGACUCUCCAGCUCUUUUCUUCCAUUUCCUGGUAUGAAUUAAAUUACUUAAUUAUUUCCCAGUGCCACUAUACGUGGUUGUAGGUGCACAAGUGGGGGGAUGCCUGUAUCUGUGGAGAGGGUUUAAUUCAAGCCCAGGCUUACCUCAAUUGAUAGAGGAUGAGAUACUCAAUAUCAGGGUCAUGGGUUCAAGACCCACAUAGGGCAAAAGAUUCCUGCAUUGCAGAGGGUUGGACUAGAUGGCUCUUGUGGUCCCUUCCAACUCCACAAUUCUAUGAUUCUACCUGUCCUGGGACCUUCUGCAUUCAAAAGAGAUACUUUACCACUCAGCAAGGUCCCUUCCUCUAAAGAUAAGGCAUCCCUCCCGUCAGGCUUACGAUAUACAAGCCAUGGCACAAAAGGAAAGGGCGUUGGGAAGUGGGGAGCAAACAGGCAUUUCUUAGAGAAGGUGAAAUGGAAAGAUUUUGAUGAGAGGCAGAGCCAAAAGUUGCUGGUUUUCCAGCAAAGCAGAUGGAGGGGUCCUGGGAUCCCAUCUUCCUCUCUCUCCUUUUGGUAACUAACGUAGCACUUGGAUCUCUCUUGUAGGGCAGGUGAACAUCACAAUCUUCAUCUUUGCUUUUGUGACUGACGUCUGCAUUGUUGGCUUCCUCUUCUGCACGGGCUUCCUGCUCUUUCACAGCCUGCUGGCCCUGCGUGGGCAGACGACCAACGAAUGGUUCGAAGGAGAUCGUCAGUACCACUUGGGCUGGAAAGACAACCUUCGGGAAGUGCUGGGGGAUCAGGGACACCUGGUGUGGUUCAUGCCUUUCAUUGCUUCCCCUUUGCCGGGGGACGGGAUCACCUUCCGAACUAAGUGCCCCCGAUCUGAGCCACUCCCCAAAUCCCGUGACCUCUAAAGGUGGGUUCCAGGGUGCAGGUUGGGGCUAUGUAUAACAUGCACUUCUUAUGCAAGGAUGACCAGAAAAAAGCAAUCAGUGGGCAAAAUAAUUUCUUUUAACAAUAAUAAUGCUUGUUGUUGUUGUUUAGUCGUGCCUGACUCUUCAUGACCCCAUAGACCAGAGGUUUGUCCAGCGCUUUCGCAUGUUCAAACCACUGCACAUAACUUACUUGGUUGUAAUCCUUACAGGGUUAUUGUAAGGCAGGUUUGGGGGGAAAUUUGUAAGCCAGUGGACCCUGGUUUAUUUGCUAAUGGUGGGGUGUGUUAAAAUUUUAGGAAAUGGCAGCAGUUCCAAGGCACAAUUGCUGCAAGACCUGUGAGUCUUGGAAGCUCAUAACACGCGAGGCUACUUUUCUCAAAUCUUCUUUCUCCAGUAUUUGAUGUAGCCACACACUUGCUCUCUCCCCCGCCUUGACUCCAAAAAGAGCUCUUCUUGUGCAAUUUACAGGAGCAGCAGAGAUACAGUAAAAUAUUAUCUGCAGAAAAAUGGUCACUUAUGAUUACUUUGAAGGAAUGCUAAUAAUGACCCACACACUACUCAUCCAUUCUGGUUACUUUUUGUUAAUCUGAAGAAUUUUAACCUGCUCUUCAGCUGAGAAAGGCUCCCAGAGUGGAUUGAAAAGAUUAAUAAUAAGAUAGCCCUUGUCUUCAAGCUUAAGGCAGUCUUGACAUAAAAGAAAAAAGCGGGGGGGGGGGGGAGGAGGAAAAAAGAAAACCCAGACACUAUUUCUUAGUUGUUGUUAGUUAUUUCACUUACAAGGUUCUCAAAAUGACCAUCUGGAAUGGAAAGAGUCCAAGGAGGGGAAGAGCCAGGGAUUACUGCAUUUCCCAACAGAACUGAUGGUAGCCCUGUUUCUCUUUCUUUCUACUGCAGCCUGAUAGCAGUCCAUGACAAUCUCUCUCUCUCUCUCUUUCUCUCCUUCCAGGUUUCCAUUCUGUGUUUUGCAAGGGGAGUCGAGCCCCUGUGAGGGGAGAGCGAUUAGCUACACCUCUGCUCUGCUCAAAAGGAGAUGAACUGAGAGAUGAAUUCUCACAUGUUUUGCUCCCCUGUCAUCAAUAGCUUUUUCCUUUUGGGGUUCUGGUGACAUAUACUUCCAUCUGAUUUGGUGGCUUUUGGCACACUGGGGAUGCUUUUGAGGGGCCCCAAACGGCUCACUUCAGUGGUCUGGAAGGAAGUCUCCAUGGGAGCUUAACCAUCCUGCUGGGCUAAGUUCCAUCUGGCGGCUGAGGUCGCUGGGACCAAAUUUAUUCACUGCCUUUCAGAUCUGCGUGGUGCUUUUCCACCAGCUUAUUUCACUCCACAGCUGUGAAAUGUCACACCCCCUUCCUUACUCUCUCAGGCUGGAAGGCACAGGGAGAAGCUAAGAAAAACUAGGCACGAAUUGCGGUGGGAACACAACACAAAAGUUUGUAGUAGGUGCGAAGGCUUUACCUGUCACUCUCUUCUUGGCAUUUGUGAGUUUGGUAUCUCAUUGACAUAGGGAACUUGCUUCUGCCAAAAGCGAGCAAGAGAGGAGUGAAGGAAUUCUGGCGAUAUUUAUCCCUUUCCUUUAGAAUUCUGCCAGCCGCCUUGCAAUGCUUAGGAUCCUUCCACAUCUACGCUCUGCUUUUGUGCUUUGGCUGUAUUACUCACUGAAUCCUUACAAAAUGUUGCCUGCCUGGAGGUCUGCACUGCUGUAAGCCCACAAGAUGGGGCUGGAGGAUCAAAGAGACAGGAUUCCUGGCCUGUUUUCCAAUAAUGUUUCCAGUAAUGUAGGGUGUAUUAAACGGCCUUAUUUGGAGUCGGAGAGUUGGUUCACCUAGCCUAGUAGUGACGGCUCUGACGGAUAGUGGCACUUUCCAGACCAGCUACAUAGAUGCUUCAGCUGCAGCUGCUGAGGAUUGAACCUGGGACCUUAUGCAUGCAAAACAGGGCUCUACCAUUGAGCUUCUGGAUAAUGGAGGCACUCCCAGUGCCCUGAGAGGUGGAGUGUCAGGGCAUUCUUUGCAGGAGAUGGUGGUUUGGAGGCUUAAGGCAUCUCAUUUGAUGCUGAGCAGGCAUUGUAGGUUGGCAGCAUUAGACAGAAACAGUACUGUUCCUUCUUAUGGAUCUAUUCUGCUUCCCUGAAUCGCAACAGUUUUGAGAGGACAGCGGAAAGGCAAUGAUGGAAAUUCGAGCUGCAUUCCAGAAAAGUUGUCGGUCCACACUGCUUGUAGGUGGUUUUAAUUUCUAGGUACUUUCAAUAGUAAACCAGCCACCAGUGCAAACAGCCCCCCAGAGAGGAGGGCAAGAAUGCCGGGCUCUUGAGAUGCCCCCCUUUCCUUGUGGCCAUGAGUAAUGGAGAUGUGGGUUUUAAUCCUGUUUUAGCUGUGAGUUCCUUGGCUUAGUUUGGGGAAAGCUGCUAUUCUCUUCUGUUUCAGCUUUUCAUCUGACAUUGGGCCUACCUUUAGAUGUAAAUGCACCUUUUUACAUUAAAAUGCUAUUUAAAAUGACAACACAAUUAUCUUGUGACUACAGUUAUUUUUAUAUAUAUAUAUAAAUACAUAAACACACACUCUCAAAUGGCAUUGCCUUGAUUGAAAGGUUCAUCUAAGCUCAGAGAUGGGAACCUGUUGCCUUUCUGAUGUUGGAUUCUAUAACUCCCAUCAGCUCCAGCCAGCAUGGCUAAUGUCAGGAAUGAUGGGAGUUGUAGUACAGCAGCAUCAUGGGGGGACGCUCAGGUUCUCCACCCCCGAUCUAACUCCACACACUGUUUCCAGAAGUGGCCAGCUACAUUACAGUGAUUGAGAACAGUGCUUCUCAGACGUGUGGAAGCCAAGAACCCCAGUAUAUUACUUCUGCCACAUCAAGUCGCUCGAAGGCUGUUGCAAACAGGCUCUGGGGUGGAAAAGCAAGCUUUAAAUGAAAGCCCAACAUGGGUUGCCAUGGACCGGGAAAGCCUUGCCAGAGUAAUUCAUGGGUUGGUUACUUCAAGACUGGAUUACCGCAAUGCGCUCCAUGUGGGAGCUUCCCUUGCGCUUGAUCUGGAAGCUGCAGGUAGUGCAGAAUGCUGCAGCCAGGAGUGAGGCCUUGUCAGCCUAGAACACCUGUGCUCAAGAGAUCUGCGCUACUUGCCGAU